AUAGACUUUCACUCUUCCAGUCGAAUCGUAGUCAGCUUAGUUGAAACACCUGUUUCUCUUGAACUCUCUAGUUUCUGCUGUGUGACUAGUGAUUUUCAAAAACUGGAAUUGGCCAUUUAGGAGGGAGGGAGUACGGACACUAGGAAACCAUUUUAUGUCAUCAAAUUCGAGGAAAUAAAAAUUUAUGGAAACUUCACCUGAUAAAUAUUUAAAAAACUGAAAAGUCAUUUGAAAAAAAAGAGCAAUGCUUGCGCAAAUCAAAACUGCUGGGACGUGCAUCAUAUUCUUGGCAUUGUUCGUAUGUUUCAUCGUCUCCGGAUUAUUAAUUAAUGGAGUCCAACUUUGUCUGUGGUUAACAGUAAGACCUUUAAGCAGAUGGUUGUAUCGCAAGAUUAAUUAUUACCUGCUUGCCUGCUUAUGGAAUCAGGUUCUCUUGAUUAUCGACUGGUCGGGAUCAGCUUUUAGUGUUUAUACUGAUACUGAAACGUGGACCAAACUUGGAAAAGAAAAUGCGCUGAUCAUCCUUAAUCACUCAAAUGAGCUUGACUGGCUAGUGGCUUGGGUAUUGGGAAGCCAAGCCAACGUUCUGGGGAACUCCAAACUGUUCAUUAAAAAAGCAGUUGAAUGGAUUCCUAUUAUUGGAUGGGCUUGGAAAUUUGCGGAAAUUGGGUUUUUAGAAAGGAACUGGGAAAAAGACAAAUCAACCAUGGAUUUAUUCGUUAAAAAUUUGAUUGAAUAUCCCGAUCCAGUUUGGUUGCUAUUCUUUCCGGAGGGAACCAGAUUUACAAAAGAUAAACAUAACGUUUCCAUGGAAUUUGCCGCCAAAAAAGGUUUACCCCACUUAAAUAAUUUAUUGAUACCUAGGACGAGGGGUUUUUUCGCUAUUACUCAACAGCUCAAACAAAAUUUCGACGCUGUUUAUUCCUGCACUCUUUGUUUUAAUACUAAAUUAGGUGCGUUUCCUAGUCUACUGAAUGUGUUUCUCGGUCGUCCAGUUUUCGGAGAAGUCUUUUUAGAACGCGUUCCUUUUCAAGAUAUCCCGAGUGAAAUCAAUCAGUCUGCGGAAUGGCUUUUAAAUAACUUCGAAAAAAGAGAUAAGCUGAUGGAUGCUUACGAGAAGAAUGGAGUUUUUCCAACUUCUUUAGCGGAAGAGGAUUCAAAAUACUUUAAGGGGCCAAUUAGAUGCCAUUACCGACCACGUUCAGCAUUGCCGUUUUUGCUAUUUUGCCUGUGGACUAGCUUUUGCUUACCGCUCAUGUUUAAUUCUGUCAAAUGUCUAUUGGGCACAGGGUUCUCAAGUUUACUGGCGAUCGUUUUUAUCAUUGGAAUAACUGCAUCAUUCAUCUAUAAACUGAUCGAUAUCACACUGAUCAGUCGUGGAUCUAGUUAUGGAAUCGAAGCUCCAAAAAAAGAUAAUUAAGCAAAUAAGUGACCGAUAGUGAAAAUUGUGAACUGUUCCUUGCUGCACAAUUUAUCUCUGAUAUUAUUGAAAUAUGAAAAUGAUUUAGAUUUUCUUUUGUCUGUGGCAACUACGGCCAAAAUAAGGUUGUAAAAUGAAAUAAAUGGAUUAAAAUUUGUAAAAUGGAAAAAAAAAAAUAUUCAGAUUGCC